AUGGCUACUACUGCUUUAUCGGAGGACGGUGCUUCUCUGUACACGUGCGUCUGGGAUUUCCGUGUAUUUUGGGACCUUUACUGUGCAGCUCCUGAAAGGCGAGAUACUUGUGAACAUUCAAGUGAAGCAAAAGCCUUUCAUGACUACAGCGCAGCUGCCGCCCCGAGUCCCGUGCUUGGAAACAUUCCCCCGAACGACGGGAUGCCCGGGGGCCCCAUCCCGCCAGGUUUCUUCCAGGGACCGCCUGGUUCACAGCCCUCGCCACACGCACAGCCUCCACCUCACAAUCCUAACAGCAUGAUGGGACCCCACAGUCAGCCUUUCAUGUCGCCGCGCUACGCAGGAGGUCCCCGGCCCCCCAUCAGAAUGGGAAACCAGCCUCCGGGGGCCGUUCCUGGUACACAGCCAUUGCUGCCCAAUUCAAUGGAUCCCACGCGACAGCAAGGGCACCCUAACAUGGGCGGACCCAUGCAAAGGAUGAAUCCUCCACGAGGGAUGGGCCCCAUGGGUCCUGGUCCACAGAACUAUGGCAGCGGAAUGAGACCUCCACCCAACUCUUUAGGCCCCGGCAUGCCUGGAAUUAACAUGGGUCCAGGAGCUGGCAGACCAUGGCCGAACCCCAGCAGUGCUAACUCAAUCCCAUACUCUUCUUCAUCGCCUGGUACAUAUGUGGGUCCCCCUGGCGGCGGCGGCCCCCCGGGAACACCCAUCAUGCCCAGUCCCGCAGAUUCAACAAAUUCAAGUGACAACAUCUACACAAUGAUUAAUCCAGUACCGCCUGCAGGCAGUCGAUCGAAUUUCCCGAUGGGACCCGGCUCUGACGGCCCGAUGGGCGGCAUGGGUGGAAUGGAGCCUCAUCACAUGAACGGAUCGUUAGGGUCAGGAGACAUAGAUGGACUUCCAAAAAAUUCUCCAAACAACAUAAGUGGCAUUAGCAAUCCCCCGGGCACUCCAAGAGACGACGGGGAGCUGGGAGGCAACUUUCUCCAUUCCUUCCAAAAUGACAAUUAUUCCCCCAGCAUGACGAUGAGUGUGUGAUUUCCCUCCCCCUCCUCCUCUCCAGGAUAAAGAGAGUCAGCUGCCGUUUGGAGGAUCUCAAAGAAUUAUGCAAGAAGAAGCUAGGUGUAUUGGCAGGGAGACGUGUGGCGGGGGCCAAAACCCCAGGUUUAGUUUCAUGCAAUAAAAAGGCUGAACUUUUUAUUCCAUAAAACAUGAAGGACAAAACUUAAAAUAUUUCAAGACAUGACAAGAUCCUUCUUUGUGCAGAAGGGUUUAUAUAUGUACAUGACACUUCUUUUUGGAAACAAAUGGAAGCCUCUAGCACUCAACUCCAAUCUCUUUGCUUUGUUCUUUUAAAUAAAAACAAAAACAGAACCCUGUUGUAUGUUUGUGCCGUGCGACACCAGGAAGCUAGUCUAGAUAUGAAAUCUCAUGUUGUCUCUGUUGUAGUCAUUUUUUAAAUAAACUGGACAGUUUACAAUGGUGGUUUUCGUUCAGAAGGCCUGUUUUUUUGGUUUUGUUUUUUCUUCCUUUUUUUUUGUUUUGUUCGUUUGCAGCACAACGCUUCCUCCUCCAGUAACAAGAUCUGCUUGUGGAAGAGACUCCACCACCUCGUUACAAACUUGUUAAUGCAGGUGACCCCUUAUAGGAUCACAUCCUCGAAUUAAUUGUGAUCUUACUAUCUGUGACUGUGGCAUGCACUGUGUUAGUCUUUCCCCCCCUCUCAGAAUACAAGAAGAAUUCGCUCUCCCUCCCUUCCUGAGAGUCCUUGAGCUGGUUCACUACCAAAAAAAAAAAAAAUUGGUUUAAACCCACCGAAGGAAAGGAGAAAGAAAGGGUUAAUCUGACCUGGGACUUUGAAACCGUGAUCUCCAGCUAACUUUGGUUUUUGGUUUGGUUUGGUUUGGUUUGGUUUUUUUUUUAAGAUGUACUCUUGUCAGGGUUUCACUUAUCUCUGAUUUGGAACUGGAUGGAGAUAUUUUUUAAGUAAUUAUUGUUGUUCAAAUGUAUCCUUGCUAUUCUGUAGGCUCGCUCUGUAAUACAAAAUAAAAAUAAUCAAAAGUUAAAAAUGACCUUCCUUCUCCUGAGAGAGGUGACUACAGAAAAGGAACAGGCAAGCCGUGUAAAGUGACACUCGCCGGAGUUUUGGGAUCUCUGUACAUUACACUACCCCUGUAGUUGGUCUUUGUUUUUCUAAAUCUCCAUUUCUGCUCCAUGUAUAUCAUAUUAUGUAAAAUAUUAUCUCCCUGGAUUGACCCUUGUGCGGAUUAUUGAAAGCAUUGUAUCUUGUUUCAGUGUUUUUUCUUACCUUGUAGUCUGGUUCUAAAAUAAGAGAGGGGAAAAAAG